ACACCUGCCCAUCUGAGGAUGAGUAUCAUGAAAUGGUCAAGAAAAAGACAGGAGGCCUUUUUAGAUUGGCUGUGAGGCUGAUGCAAUCUUUCAGUGAAAAUAGAAGUAACUUCGUUCCAUUACUGGAUACACUCGCCUUGUUUUUCCAAAUCAGAGAUGACUAUGCCAACUUACUCUCGGAAGAGUACAAGGAAAACAAAAGUUUUUGUGAAGACCUAACGGAUGGGAAGUUUUCAUUUCCGAUCAUUCAUGCCAUCCGCAGUGACUCUGAAAGCACCAGAAUUUUGAAUAUUUUGAGACAGAGGACAACUGACGUAGACAUUAAGAAGUAUUUUGUAGAUUGUUUAGAACAGAUUGGCUCAUUUGCGUACACUAAAGUAAUACUCAGGCAAAUGGAGGACAAAUCUCAAGCACUGAUCGCAGAUUUGGGCGGAAAUCCUCAACUUUCAGCUAUAGUUAAACAAUUGGCAAAACUUUAUUCCUAGGAACUUUUUUUAGAAAUAAACUUUAAAUAAAACAAAUUAUAAGUGAAUAAUUAGAGAAAGACAUUACAUCAUAGACAAAUGAUUUUAAUUGAACGACAUAACAGCUUCAUAUAAUGAGAAGAAGGAAAGGUAAUGAAGUCGGAAUGAAUUUGUA